AUGUCCUUAAACCGCAUCUCCUUCCUCGAAGGGUGGGAACGCAACCCCGCAGCCUUCUUAAACCGCCCUGAUUCGGGCACAGACUCAGAGCCAGACGACUACCAGGAUUUACCAGAUGGAUCCGUGGCCUCCUCCUUCCCCUCGACCUACAGCAGGCUGAACUUCAAUCCGUACGCGGGGCCAGGGUGGAACGAGAAUCCAGAUGAUCCACAUGACGAUCGGGCUUCGUUCCUUGGUCCCUCGUUUUUAGGCCUGUCCCCAACCACUACCCGUGAAGGUCGGGCGGGCUCACCAGCGCCCGAGAGGCCUGUGCUAGUGGAUUCCCCAUGGGCGCAUACAACAGGAGCCUAUGAGGUCAGCGCUGCAAAACGAAUUGCCCAGGUCUGCACGGCGGUCGUAUACUGCUUCCUAGCUGCUGGCGUGGUCUUCGGGUUUGCCGCACUAAAACCCGUCCUUAUCCGCGAGAAGGUGUAUCGCAACCUCUGUUCCCAGGCAGAGCUGGAGAGAGAUGUCGAUGUAUGCGAUGGGCAGGAAAUCAGGCUUAACCUGAUGUUCACCAUUGCCGCCGUAGUGACGAAUGUCUCAGCCUUACCCGUUGGAACCAUUCUAGACGCUUAUGGCCCCAGAGUCAGCAGCAUAAUUGGCAGCAUCUGCUUGGCAACAGGAGCUAUACUUUUUGGGACAGCUAAACAGCUCUCAUUCGAUGGAUACAUUCCAGGAUAUCUGUUUCUUGCACUGGGCGGUCCAUUCAUCUUUAUUCCGUCCUUCCAUCUAUCCAACACGUUCCCUAAACGCUCCGGUUUGAUCCUAUCGAUGCUGACAGGAGCGUUUGACGCUUCAAGCGCGCUGUUCUUGCUCUUCAGACUGCUCAACGAACGCACUGACUUUGUAUCCCUCAAAAACUUCUUUGCCGUCUACCUUGUCGUGCCGGUGUUUAUCAUCGCAAUGCAAAUAUUUGUCAUGCCAGCUACAUCUUACAAAACCGCCGGCGAACUCGCCCAACAAGCCGAGGCCCAGAUCGCAGAUGAGGCCGAAGAUCGCAUGGAUGAAUCACUGGACCCCGAUGAAAGCGAGCUCCAGCGCAAAAACAGACGCCUCCGCCGUCAAAGCUUGGUCAGCCAUAUACAGAGUCUUCUGGACGAUACCACAUCUGUUCUUUCCAUCGACGGCCCGGUCCAGAACAUACCCAUCCCAGCCAACCCUCCUGCCCCCACAGGCGUCUGGGGUGUCCUUCACGGGCACAGUGCCCUCUCCCAGAUCCGCACACCGUGGUUCAUCCUCAUUACCGCCUUUACGGUCCUGAUGAUGUUACGAAUCAACUACUUUGUCGCAACUUUGCGCUCCCAAUAUAACUAUAUGCUGAACCCGCACCUCGCCAAAACAUUGAACACAGCCUUCGACGUUCUUCUCCCAAUAGGUGGCCUAGUCUCUGUCCCUUUCAUCGGCACAUUCCUUGACGUCUUCCAAACGAGGACCGUUCUAGCAAUCCUCGUCCUAACUGCUACUGUCAUCGGUGUGCUGGGAUGUAUACCACAGCUUACCGCGGCAUACGGAAACAUCUUUCUCUUUGUGUUGUACAGACCGUUCUAUUAUACCGCUGUAUCCGACUACGCUGCAAAAGUGUUUGGAUUUGCGACAUUUGGUAAAGUGUAUGGCCUUGUGAUAUGCUUGGCUGGGAUUGGAAACUUUGCACAGGCGGGACUUGAUGCGCUUACGCUCAAAGUCUGGAAGGGGGAUCCUGUUCCAGUCAAUAUUGGGCUAACGGUUCUAGUCGCGAGUGUGGGCGCGGGAUUGGUUAUAUUUGUGUCCUGGAAAACCAGGGAGAGGGAGAAGGAGAUUGGUGAAAGGGCUCCUCUUCUAGAUGGACAGGGGAGGAGGUACGGUGUCUAG